AUUGUUUACUUUUCAAUAAAAUUAGGAAAAAAUUCCGUAAGGAAGGUCAAUACACAUAUGUUUCUACAAUGUUAAAAUAUUGCCUAUUCUAAAUCAAGUCAUUACAUAUUUACUUUUAGUUGAAUAAGAUAGUGAAAAUGAAUUAAAAGAUAGGAAAUUUUAGCUUGAAUCUCGUAAGGAAACUUUUGUCGGUUGCGUUGAAAAGGUCAAAGGGUGAAGUUAGCCUACCAAAUAUGGCAAAGACCAGUUGUGAUGAGUAGAGUCAAACUGGUUUCAAAUGCAUACAAUAAUAUCAUUGCAUUUCCUUUGUUUCCCACGUUUUUAUGCUAAGAAAACGGGGAAUUUUUACCCAAUAUGAGCUUAGGGGUUGUAACCUCACAGAGUAAGAAAAGAAAGAGAUAGAAAAAUCUAUCUACCUUUUCCUUUCUUAUCUUCUUUUUUUCAUUUUCCUGUAACAACAUCUGGCAUGAAGAUUCCAUCAAAGACAGCAUUUUAUACAUGCCAGAGAUAUCCGUAAACAUUUCUGAUUAAGAAAAAAAAAAUCGUUGAAAAAUCUUAAUUACUUCCUUCUGGUGGUCUCCAAGCAGGUUGGAUUCCAAAAGCAACCUUACUUUUUGUCCUUACCAUACAUAAAUCUUACAAUUUGAAAUAGAAGGUUGAAAAAAAAUUUGCAGGGUAGGGUCUGAAAUUAGAAUAUCUAGGAGGUAAUAAAGCAAAGCAUGCCACAAAACUCAAAACUGAGAAGAGCCCUAGGGGCAGUUAAGGAUCAAACAAGCAUAGGGCUAGCGAAGGUGGGAAGCAGCGCCUCACUUGCAGAUCUUGAUGUGGCCAUUGUGAAGGCAACGAGGCACGAUGAAUACCCUGCAGAAGAGAAGUACAUAAGGGAGAUUCUGAGCCUCACAUGUUACUCUCGAGCAUUCAUCACUGCAUGUGUUAACACCCUUGCAAGACGUCUCAACAAGACAAGGAGCUGGACUGUGGCUUUGAAAACGCUCAUUUUGAUUGAAAGGCUGCUAUUAGAUGGUGAUCCUGCGUAUGAGCAGGAAAUUUUCUUCUCCACUCGACGCGGGACUCGCCUUCUCAACAUGUCUGAUUUUCGUGACAACUCCAAAUCUGGUUCCUGGGACUUCUCUGCGUUUGUGCGCACGUGUGCAUUGUUUCUAGAUGAAAGGCUUGAGUACAAGAUGCAAAGCCGGCGUGGGAAAAGUGCCAGGUAUAGUGUUGAUGAAGAUGAGGAUAGAGAAAGAGAAACAGAAGCAGAAAUACAAAAAGAACAAGAAAUGGCGGUAAGAUCGACACCAGUACGUGACUUGAAAUUAGAGCAAAUCUUUUCCAAAAUGCAGCAUUUGCAUUUGCUGCUUGAGCGCUUUUUAGCUUGCCGCCCUACAGGGGCGGCAAAGAACCAUCGUAUUGUGAUAGUGGCUCUCUAUCCGCUAGUGAAGGAGAGUUUUCAGAUAUAUUAUGAUAUAUCAGAUAUACUGUCUAUCUUGAUUGAUCGGUUCCCUGACAUGGAGGUACAGGAGUGUGUGAAGGUGUAUGAUAUUUUUUGCCGCGUUGGGAAGCAAUUUGAGGAGUUAGAUCUCUUCUACGGAUGGUCUAGGAACAUUGGAAUUGCACGCUCUUCGGAGUACCCUGAGAUUGAAAGAAUCACGUUAACGAAGUUAGAGGUCAUGGAAGAGUUUAUCAAGGACAAGUCCGCCUUAGCGCAAUGCAACAGACCUGAACUACUACGAAAUACGAGUGAAAAAGAAGAGGAGGAAGAAGAGAAGGAACCGGAACCGGAACCGGAACCGGAACCGGAAGAGGAUCCUAAUGCAACGAAGGCACUACCACCGCCUGAGGAAAUCAAGGAGGAACCGGUUGAAGAAGUGAAGGAGGAGCCAAAGGAAGAAAAAGUGGUGCAGACAGAGGGUGAUUUAUUGAAUUUAGGAGAUGACGCGAUGACUAGUGAAUCAGAAGCGGAUAAACUAACCUUGGCCUUGUUUGAUGGAGAAGCGGCAGUAGGAGCAGGUUCCACACAAGCGCUUCCAUGGCAUGCAUUUGAUGAAGAGGCAGAUUGGGAAACAGCACUUGUGCAAUCAACAUCCAACUUGUCCAACCAAAAGCCUACAUAUAGUGGUGGCUUUGAUGCAUUGUUGUUGGAUGGCAUGUAUAAACACGCAGAGGUGAGUAGAGUCAUGCAAGGACCAGGGUAUGGUAUGAGUGGAAGUUCUAGUAGUGUGGCACUUGGUUCAGCUGGAAGGCCUUCAAUGCUAGCAUUGCCAGCACCCCCAACAACAUCAGGACCUGGAGAUUCAUAUUCAGAUCCAUUUGCAGCUUCAUUGGCUGUGGCUCCUCCCUCUUACGUUCAAAUGUCAGAUAUGGAGAAGAAGCAGAGGCUUUUGGUUGAAGAACAGAUUAUGUGGCAGCAAUAUGGAAAGGAUGGCGUGCAAGGACAUGCAGCAUUCGCAAAACUGCACUCUAACAAUACUAAUAAAUAUUACAAUGGAUGCUAUCCGCAAAAUCACAGCAACUUUUAACGUUGACUAGAAAAGUUGCUGUGCCUACCCUUUCACUCUUUUAUUCUGAGUGACAGGAAAUUUUACCCAUUUCAUUAGAAACACAUGUUCUCAUUAUUUUAUUAGAAUACGAAUGAAAAAAGACAUUAAAGAUUACCAAUGCUAACUAAGAUCGCUUACAACAUCUAACGGUAUAAAAUGUUUUCUUCCGUUGCCCACUUCAGAAGCUAGUAAAAUACUACGAACUUUUUCCUGAAUAAACCCAGUCCAAUUCACACGAACCGAAUUUUAACCAAAGUAUUUAAAUUUUAAAAUACAACAUUAAUUAUUCAUGUGUAUCCAGUAAGUUAAUAAUGACCUUAGUUAUUCAAUAACUAAAUUCUUUACUACAUAGUAAUUUCUAAAAAGUUCAACAUUUAAAUUCAAUAAAUUUGUCAGUGCCUUCUAGUUCCUUCAGUUCAGGAGCUAUUCUCAAUGUUACUUAUAAUCUAAAUUCAAUUGAUUUUACCGUUGAAAGUUUGCUCUUGAUUUAAUGGUAUAAAUUCCAUCAAACAAUCUAGGUCCAUUACUCCUUAUAGGAGAAAAAAAAUGGCACAAAAUUCAUCUUAACUUUUUUCCAUUACAAACAUAGUUUAAUUUUAAAAGCAAAGUUAAAAAUAAUCAGUGUCAUCAAUUGCUCAACGUUUCUUGUUUACUUAGUUAUCUCAUUUUAUAUUUUUAUUAGUUCUUGCUCAUAUCAUUUUAAGGUAGAUAGACCGCAAGCAUGUAGUCAUUUUACCUUUUCAUUUUAAUCUUUAGCCACAUCUAAAUGUACAGACACAUUGUCAGAAGUCAAAGGAGAAAAAGAAAAUGGAAACUACGAUAAAAGACAGAUUGAUCGACAAGGUCGCUUUAAUGUAUGAUUAUGUCACCCAUUCUUCUCGAAGAACCCAAUUCAUACAAAUCCAAUACCAUUUAUUUAUACUAAACUGAAUUACAAAUUGAAAAUUUACCUAACAAUUUCGUAGCACGCAAUUUCAGAUCAUAUCAUAUAUACAUUGAAUUAACAUUUUAUGUUUGCUCCUAAUUUAGAGUCUCUACCCCAACGGACAGACUAAAAGAUGCUGUAUAUAGUGUCAAUAUCCAUUACAAAAAUACUAAAAUCAGAAAGAAACUUUACGUAAAUAAACUAGAAAUAAUGUUUCGCAAUACUUAAGAUAAGUCCAGUCAACUUAACUUAGUAACUGCGGCGGUUUAUCAUAAACUCUUGUAUCAAACUCCAGAACAAAUUCAUUGCACCGAAUGGCAACGCCACGAGAAUAGUUCGAUGUAAUGACAACUCACUAAAAUUCAAGGCUGAAACUUAGUCAGAGGACUCACUAAAACCCACAAAAUCAUGGCUCCUCUAAAUCAAUGGCUGCUUAGACAAGUAGACACAAUCUAAAAGUGUAAGAGAAUGUAACUACUAUAUAACCAUUGCUUAAUUUAGUUAAGAGUAGACAAUGGACACUUUCCGGACUGCACUUCACAUAUAUGAUCCCAAAAAAAUCCAGCUAUCCUAGACACCCCGAAUAACCAGGUAACCCAGAAGCAAAAAAAUAGUCACAAGGAAUUCGAAUAGAUGAAGGCUACAAUAAGAGAAAUUCAAGAGAAGGAAAACAAAUACUCAAUGAUGUUAGUUUUCAUUUCUCAAUCGCAUAAUAAGGUAUUGCGAAAUAAUAAAUAUAACUAGCAAAUAAAUCCACACAGAAACAAAACAUUCCAACAUUGCAGAAA